GGGUCGGAGCUGUUGGGGAGGGAAACUACACUAGUACAAAAUAUAAGGGGACGUAGCCUACGAGGAGAAAAUACAAGGGGGCGGAGCUUAUAGGGGAGUGAAACUACACUAGUACCAAAUACAAGGGGGCGGAGUUUAAGGGGGAGGGAAACUACACAAGUACCAAAUAUAGGGGAACGUAGCUUAUGUGGGAGGGAAACAACACAAGCACUAAAUACAAGGGUCGGAGCUGAUGGGGAGGGAAACUACACUAGUACAAAAUAUAAGGGGACGUAGCCUACGAGGAGAAAAUACAAGGGGGCGGAGCUUAUAGGGGAGGGAAACUACACAUGUACUAAAUAUAAGGGGGCAGAGCUUAUGAGGGAGGGAAACUGCACUAGUACCAAAUAUAAGGGGACGUAGCUUAUGUGGGAGGAAAAUACAAGGGGUGGAGCUUAUGGGGGAGGGAAAUUGCACAAUACAGAUAAUAAUUUAUGUAAACGACAAUUUCGAACAAGUCGUUGAUUUCCCUCGAUUUUAUUUAUACCCACACGAAUGGAACAGAAUGCAUUUUAUUGCUAGGUUCAUUGAACUGCUUGAACACCCAAAGUUUUAUUUAAAUAAAAUUGUAAAACUUGAAUUAAACCUAGCGAUUGUACAAACGAGUUGGUAG